CGCAUAAACAUCGCGUAACGUUUUGAAGGUUUUGAAAGUGCUGUCUAGUUUAAAAAUAACAGGUUUAUAUCUUGCAUUAAACAAAUACUCAUCUCAUUGCCCCAGUCGGUAGCCAAUGAACCCAAGAGCGAUUCAAGAUUAAGAAGAAUGAGGCGGUUAUUGCUUAUAUUUUGUUUUCUGUGUUCAGCGUCGGCAUAUCGCACAUUUUAUAUUAAUCCUGGUGAUGUCUAUGAACGUGUACCUGAAGAUGAGGGUUUUCAGAUCUUUUGCUACACUGGCAAGCCAAAGUAUAUUGUUCAUUUGUGGCAGACUGUUAAUAUACAAAUCAGUGUACCAAAUGAUAAUUAUGAAGUUUAUGAAGCAAGUUCCUCAAAUUUGGUUGUUAAGGAAUACACUGAGCACAGAUCAAGCUGGAGAAUUAAUUUGUUUGCAUGGAAGCAAAAACAAUUCAAUUUGGAUCCCUUUAACAGCAGUUGCAUUGGCAUAGAGAGUACUGAGAAUUAUAGCAUUAAACUGAAUGUUAUAAGGGUGGAUUAUUGGAAAGUCUUGAGACUUGUUCUGGGUAUUUUGCUGUUCAUGUAUGCUCAAAGGAUGAGUAGAAAUACUUUGUUUUACUACAUUUGUGGAAUUACCUUUGGAAUUUGUGCCUCUUUUCUUAUUCUCAUUUACUUUGUUAGCAAAUUGUUCCCAAGGAAGCCAAUGAUGUACGGCGUUGUUGCGUGCGGCUGGACGGUCGGGGUUUACAUCCUACAACUCUUAUGGGAGAACGUACGAGUUAUUCUUUUAAGUUACCAGACGCAUGUGGCUUGGUAUGCGUUUAUAACAGGAAUAAUUAGUUUUAUAGUUUGUUAUCGUAUGGGUCCAGUUUCCAACAAACGAACGUUGAAUUUAAUCCAAUGGACGCUGCAGCUUAUCGCAAUGUGUCUUAUCUUCUUCAGUAGUCAGUUUCAGGAGGCUGCGAUGGGUCAAAUUGUUGUAUUACUUUUGUUUCAUUUAUUCCCACGAAAAUGGAUUGACAAAUCAAAAAGUUUGUGGCAAACACGUUUUCCACCAAAAAUAGUCCCGUUAACGAAUGACGAAUACUACCACCAAGGUGUGAAGGAAACGAACAAAGCUCUAGAAGAUUUACGAGCGUUUUGUUCCAGUCCGGAAUGUAACCAAUGGAAAAUUGUCUCCAAACUUAAAGAUUCAAAGAGGUUUGCGUCGUUUAUUGAAGGCCAAUCGCAUCUAUCCGAUCAAGAAAUGCUCGAGUAUGAAGCAUCGAUCGUCGACGAAGACGAAUACACUGACGAUGAGGAGGAUAAUUACACUGACGACGAGUACUAACCACUCGCGCAGAUAAUGACUGAAAAUUUCAUGAAAUACAUCGUGAAAAGACAAAAAAUAAUCACAAAAAUGUUACAAAAAACACUAACCUGUUAAUCUCCACACUUGUAACAAUUUUUCAACUUUAUCGAAGUAAGCAAAACGUAAUUUAUGACUGAAUAAAUGAUUUGAUACAAUAA